AUGUUUCGGUCCAUUAAGUCAUAUACAUUCUUACCAUUACCACAACUGAACCUCAAGGUGUAUGGUUCGCCGAAAAGUUUUCGCACACAGAAAAUUCUGAUUGCAGCCAAAAUUGCAAACAAAGAUGUGAAUGUAGUGGACCAGAAACCGCCGCACAAUAAAUUUCCGCUUGGCAUAAAGGUGUAUGGUUCGCCAAAAAGUUUUCGUACACAGAAAAUUCUGAUCGCAGCCAAAAUCGCAAACAAAGAUGUGAGUGUUGUGGACCAGAAACCGCCGCACAAUAAAUUCCCGCUUGGCAUAACUCCUGCAUUGGAAGACAAAAAUGUGACUCUUUUUGGCAGCGAUGCAAUUAUGCUCCAUCUGGCAGGCGAAUCAAUGAAAACAGCAAAUUGCGCUGAAGUUUUGCAAUGGUUGCAAUGGUCCGAAGGACAAUUACUUCCCAAUGUACUCGGUUAUGUGCUUCCAAGCGUUUCGGCUGCCUCUGUUGACAAUCAGUUAUUGGAAGCAUCCCGAACAGAACUGUUCGAUCAGCUGAAAAAUCUAAAUGGACUACUGUUAACAAAAACUUUUCUUGUCGGAGAGCGGAUGUCACUUGCAGAUAUCUCUGUGGCCAUGGAUUUGCUACCAGCUUACCAGUAUGUUCUGGAUGAAAAAGCACGGACGCCACUUGUUAAUCUCAAUCGGUGGUUCAAAACCAUAAUCAAUCAGCCAGCUGUCAAGGAGGAUAAUGUUUCAGAGACGAAACCAAAAGAACACCAUGCGAAACAAAAGGAGCCCGCUCACAAAGAAGAUAAAAAGGGAAAAGCAAACGAAGUGGCUGAAGAUGUGCCCGAUGCUACUGAUGAAGUGCUAGCCCAAGAACCGAAAGCAGUUGACCCGUUCGCAUCUAUGCCAAAAGGGUAA